ACCAAUCAAUCAAUCAUGUAAAUGCGCGGACGUGUAGCCAGUGACACCUCCCGCGUGUAUGCCAGUAAUUGGUUCCCCUCCUGGUGCCCAUUAUUCCAAAUUAAUGGAUCCAUUGUGGCGCGGCUCGAACCCCGCAGGGGGCACGGAGGAGCACUUCCUCGCUCGGUUCCAAAAGUGGAUUGAGUCGUGCACCACAGACGGCGUUUUAACGCACAAAUUUACGCAGCGCGCACAUGUUGUUCCCCGCGGGUUUCUCCCGCACUUUUUUUUUUUUUUUUAGUUGAUUUGCGCUUUUAUUGGCAGACGCGAGGACAAUAGGCUGGAAUCACGUCUCCAAUGGACUUCACACCUUUGUCAACACCGCCAUUAGUCCGCCCUUUACAUUCGCUGAUGGGUGAUUUACAUUUGCGACCAAAUAGCAUCUUUACGGCUGUUUACCAUGAGAUUGAGCGGGACAGGAGGGCGUGGGGGCCAUAUUAGAUAUAAGGGGGAGCCCCAUGCACUCACUCGGACACAAAAAGAAAGAAGAUGCUGAUGUUUGUGAUUGCAGUGGCGGCUUUGGCGUGCGCGGCCCGGGCGCGGCCCCCCGCCUUCAAUUACCUGGAGGAGCCUUUCGCCGCCGACUCCAGCGAGGUCCGCUCGGCCGCCAUCAAGAGGCUGCUGGAGGUGUUCGGCAUGGAAGACCCGCCCGCCGUCCACGGGCGCCAGCAGCAGCCGCCCCAGUACAUGCUGGACCUGUACAACACCGUGGCGGACGUGGACGGCGUCACCAAGGACCCCUACCUGCUGGAGGGCAACACCGUGCGCAGCUUCUUCGACAAACUGCGCAGCGAGCAGGUGGAGUUCCGCUUUAAUCUGUCCACUGUGGCGAGAACAGAGAAGAUCCUGACUGCAGAGCUCCAUCUUUUCAAACUGCGACCUCAGGCCACGCUGACGUUCACCCGCCACCACUUCUGCCAGGUUAGUGUUUACCAGCUGAUGGACACCAAAGGCAAUCACACACAAGACAAGAAGCUGCUGUCUUCUCGACUCAUCCCCGUCCACUCCAACGGCUGGGAGGUGUUCACCAUCACUCAAGCUGUCCGCUCCUGGAUGGCGGACGAGGAAAGCAACCUGGGGCUGCACGUGGUGGUGCGGACCCUCGGAGGGAGCCAUAUGGACCUGAAGCUGAUCCGCUUCGCCUCGGGACGCAGCCACCACCAGAGCAAGCAGCCCAUGCUGGUGCUGUUCACCGAUGACGGCCGCCGCUCCACCGCUCAGGAGAACACAGAUCCAGACAGCAUGGAAAUACCCUCCAGCUUGCCGCAAGCCCCCGUGUCCGCCCCGUCCUCCCGCCUCGCCCGCUCCGUGGACUACCAGGAGGAGGAGGGUGUGUCCAUGCCCUGCCAGCGCCUGCCGCUGUACGUGGAC